GCGUUUGUGCGCCAGCAAAGGACGUUUUUCUUCAGGUGCAGCUGCUGGAGCAUCCCAGCUGAAGGCCUUCUAUUCUCCUUCCAUUUCUGGGCCCAGAGCUGUGCAGUCCACCUUUGCAGCAUAUAAAUUGUCCAACAUGUCCUCUAACUUUGUUCAAUUGGAAAAAUUAGGCGAAGGUACCUAUGCAACUGUCUACAAGGGCCGUAAUUCCACAACUGGCACUUUGGUGGCAUUGAAAGAAAUAAACUUGGAUUCUGAAGAAGGCACUCCCUCCACUGCGAUAAGAGAGAUAUCCUUAAUGAAAGAACUAAAACACGAAAAUAUCGUUUCACUAUACGAUGUUAUUCACACCGAAAAAAAAUUAACCUUAGUUUUUGAAUAUAUGGACAAAGAUUUGAAGAAAUAUAUGGACACCCAAGGUCACAACGGUGCUUUGGAUCCUCCAAUUGUUAAAUCAUUCAUGUUUCAAUUAUUGAAAGGUAUAAUGUUUUGCCACGAUAAUAGGGUUCUCCACCGAGACUUGAAACCUCAAAACUUAUUAAUCAACUCAAAGGGCGAAUUAAAACUAGGUGAUUUCGGUUUAGCUAGAGCAUUUGGUAUUCCUGUUAACACUUUUUCAAAUGAGGUGGUCACCCUUUGGUACAGAGCACCCGAUGUUCUUAUGGGCUCGAAAAACUAUUCAACUUCAAUUGAUAUUUGGUCUGCGGGUUGUAUUUUAGCUGAAAUGUUUACUGGUAGACCACUAUUCCAAGGUUCAUCGAACGACGAUCAAUUGAUAACUAUUUUUAAAAUCAUGGGAACUCCAAAUGAAAGAACAUGGCCAGGUGUAUCUCAAUUACCAAAUUAUAAACAAAAUUUCGAUUUGUAUUUACAAACUGAUUUAGCUCAAAUCAUCCAAGGUAUUCAUCCAUUGGCUUUAAAUUUAUUAAACUCUCUUUUACAAAUGAAACCCGAAACACGAAUAAGUGCAAGAAGUGCUUUGAACCACCAGUGGUUUGCUGAAUAUUAUCAAGUCAAUGUCAACGUAAACGUUUCACCCAAUACUAAUGAUAUCUACAACCCAAUCAACCCAAUCAAUUCGUUAGGCUCAAUUAAUCAUGGUGGGUAUCAACAAGCUCAACAGCAGCAGCAACAACAAAAUUUACAGCAAAUUCAACAUGCUCAACAAAUCCAACAUGCGCAACAAUCCCAAGGCCAACAAAAUCAAUAUAUGAAUCCCUAUCAGGUUCAACAAGUUCAACAAGUUCAACAAGCUCAACAACAUUAUGUUCAACAACAACAGCAAUUGCCCAAUAUGAUACCUGGAAAUGUAAUAAAUUCCAAUGAUUACAAUCAAUACCAAGCUUAUCAACAACAGCAACAAUACCGCAUGAAUAAAAUGGUUUAAUAAAUUAUUUUUGAAUGCCAAAUUGUUUUUUGUUUGUUUAUAUUACUUUUUAUAUCUUAAUUUUUUGAUCUUGAUUUUUCAAUCUCGAUUUUUUUCUAAUGACAGGCCUUUGAACUGCCUUACAAUUUAUAAUUUUUUAUUGUGAAGUUAAGCAUUAAUUCUUUGAAAUAGAUGAUUUUUUUGUUCUGAGUAUCCUGGU